ACAUGCUACGCUUCCCAUAAAGUAAAGAUAAAACAAAACAAAGAAACAAGGCAUCUUCUAUUUAGUGCGUCACCGAGAGAGCUGAGAGCCUAGCUUACUAUACUAGUCUUGUGUAAUUUUCACUUUCACUUAGCACUUGGGAUCAAUCAUGAUUUCCACCGAGGAAUCAUGGACUACUUGGCUCUGUGAUUUGGAAGAAGAGGACUACAGUUUCAUCAAUGGCAUAAUAGCAGCCCCUAAUAAUUACUCAAACUCACAGAUGAGUAACAAUGAUAAUGAGAGGCCAUCCAAGCUUCUCAAGAGCACCACCCCAACCCCAAGACGCAGAAGAACUACUGGCUCAGCUGGCACUGGCAGAUCCCCCCAACACGCCCAUGAUCACAUCAUUGCCGAAAGAAUGAGAAGGGAAAAGAUUAGCCAACAGUUCAUAGCACUUUCUGCCCUUAUUCCAGGCCUCAAAAAGAUGGACAAGGCGACGGUGUUAGGCGACGCUAUCAAGUACGUGAAGCAGCUACAAGAGCAAGUGAAGGUUCUAGAAACUGAAAGCAAAAGGAAAAGCGCGGAGUCUGUUGUGUAUGUUGAGAAAUCUGAGGUGUGCGGAGAGGAAGAUGUGUCUGUGUCAGACACUUGGUCAAAUUCAGGGGGGGAUGGAAACUCAUCGUACGAAGUGUCAAAAGCAGUGAGUAGGUCGGUGCUGCCUGAAGUGGAGGCAAGAGUGUCUGAGAAGAACGUCCUCAUCCGGAUCCACUGCGAGAAACACAAAGGAGUGUUGAUGCACAUUCUCAAGCUCAUUGACAAACUCCAUCUCUCUGUUCUUAACACCACUUCCUUGCCUUUUGGAGCCUCCAUCGUCGACAUAACCAUCACUGCCGAGAUGGAUGACAAGUUCAGCUUAAGCGCGAAGGAGCUUGCUAGAAACAUAAGGGUGGGAGUGUUGCAAUCGAUGUAGAAGAAAGUAACAGGUGUCUGUUUUGUAAUUAAUGGGAUUGCAUCAUUUUGGGGGUUCAAUAAUGUUAAUGGCUCCAGGGUUCCAUCAAUGGAAUUAAAUGGAGUUACCCUUUGGGGCGGAGGGACGGAUGAGAGCAGCUGUCAAUUAUGGAGGUUGGGACCCGGCUGGCUGCCUGCAUUGAGAUUUGAGAGAGGGUUGUGUCUCUGGAAAAGUGGGAUUCUGACUGAUUGGGAAACCCAUAGCCCUGGAAUAUUGCCACGUCCUGCCAAAUAGUUUAGGCCCCUUUCUUUCUUUUAUAAUAAAUAUUAAAUAAUCAUCUAUCUUUGCGCA